UAUAAUUAAUUGUAUAAAAUGUUUUUAAUAUUGCAGAUAAUGAAUCUCCUACUGGGCCUCCUAUUGGUAAGCACAGUUUUUGGAGAACCAAAAGUGAUUUUUCAUGCAACAGAAACAAAUAUUCAUAUGGAUGAAGUUACGCAUAUUCCAUUUAGUAUUGAAAAUAUAAGCAGCAAUGUUGUUAAAGUAAAUUUAACAGCUAUUAGUUCAGAUUUAAAUGUAGUUCAAGUUGAAAGGCCAAUCUUUGAUCCUCUUUUAAUUCAUGAUGGUUAUUAUAAUGGUAGCAUUAAUGCCACAGGAAUUUUCCUUGGCAAGGCAGAAUUGUCAAUGUCAGUUUUAAUAGAUGAACAGCCAGUGAAAUCAGACGUUAUGAAUAUUAUUGUAAUUAGAAAAGUACGAGUAAUGGAUACUAUUUUUACUGCUAGCGUAGCUAUACUUGUUUCUAUAUUGUAUAUAAAUUUUGGAUGUGCUAUGGAUUGGACUGUAUGUGCAAAGACAAUCAAAAGACCAAUAGGACCAAUAAUUGGAUGCUUGUGCCAAUUUAUACUUAUGCCAGUGAUAAGUUAUGUACUUGCUGUUACAUUAUUUCCUGAAUCUCCUGAAAUGCAAUUGGGAAUUUUUUUUACUGGUAUUAGUCCUAGCGGAGGUGCUUCUAAUAUUUGGACAAUCCUUCUCGGUGGUAAUUUAUGUUUAUCUGUGACAAUGACUACAUUAUGCACAAUUGCUGCAUUUGGAUUAAUGCCCAUGUGGAUUUUUACAUUAGGUAAACACAUAUUUGACCGAGGUAAUUUAGCUAUGCCCUAUGACAAGAUAGCAACUUUUGCUAUGGGACUUAUAAUACCUUUAGCACUUGGAUACAUUAUUCAGAAAAAGUUACCAAAACUUUCAAGAAUUUUGGUGCGUAUGAUGAAGCCGUUUUCUGUAAUUCUCAUCGUUUUUAUUAUUAUAUUUGCUAUCAUCACCAAUUUGUAUUUAUUUAAGCUCUUCUCAUGGAAGAUUAUUUUAUGCGGAAUGGGAUUACCAUGGUGUGGGUUUAUAUUUGGUAUGUUAGCCGCAUUUAUAUUUUGUCAGCCAGACCAAGACAUACGAGCUAUUGCUAUUGAAACUGGUAUUCAAAAUACCGGUGUUUCAAUAUUUUUGCUCAGAUUUAGUUUAAAACAACCUACUGCUGAUUUAACUACUGUUAUUCCGGUAGCUUGUGCAAUAAUGACACCAUUACCGUUAAUAUUUCUGUAUAUAAUUAAACUUAUGUUGGAUCAAAAAAAGCAAAAAUUGGCAACUUCAAAAGAAGAACUUCAAAAUCCACUUCACACUGUGCCAUCGAUUUCAACCACAGUUUCUGCUUUAAAACGGAAUCAAACGAUUCAAUUAUGAAUUUAAAAAAUAUUAUUCCAAUUAUAGUCAAUGUUUCUAUUGUUGUUUUUUAU